AACGAUCUCGCUUCCAGUUUGACCAAGAAAUCAAGACCAAAUUCCAACCCUAGUAGGGAGGGAGGAAAGUAAAUCUAGAGGAAAGAGAAAAUGGACAUAGCGCAAAAAUUGAAUGGAGAAAUGAAAAUUGUCUAAAUUGAUCGAGAGGUGGGUGCAGGGUUGUCUAAUGGAUCGUGGAGGGCCUGGAGGCCCUAUUUCAGAAUGGAAACGUGGUCCAAAUUGACUUUUAACUAUAAUAAAACUAAAAUGAUUUAUAAUACCAUUAUUCAAAAUGUAAUAUCUUUCUAUAUUGUUGAAAUUAAAAUUAUCUAUUAUAUCUCUGAUUUUUCGUAUUCUCCAUGAGAUCAUUUUCAAUUGUUAUUAUAGCUAAAAUUAUCUAUUAAACUCGUCAUCACACUCAUAAUCAAUCAAUCAUACACUAAAAAUACAACCUACAAAUAUUAUAUCGUUAACUAACGGAUCUAAGUGGAGACCCUAAUAUCGGAGGCCCUGUGCCGGAGGGCGGGCUGGCACACCCUCUAAGCCGGCCCUAAUUUUAAUAGUAGGAAACGAUUGAACCUCAAUUUACUACAAAAUAUCCUACCAUUUACUUUUCCAAUAUAAUCUCCAAUACGAUUUCACAAUCUACACUAAUCCCACCAUACACAAGAAUAUGACUUGUUCUUGCUAGAAGAAAAGCUUCAACAUCUCUCUUUUUUUCUUGUUAGAAAAAGCACAAGAUAAAACAAAAAUGGAUCCUUUCCUACCCAAAUUAAACUCGAAGAAAUGUCUCAAGUAUUCCUAGCACUUGGGUCACCAUUGAAACUAUAUCCCUUGAAAUCGAAUAAGAACAAAACAAACCGCCUCGCCCUCGUCAAGUGCCCAACCCCAAACCGACCAGAUUCCUCGUAACACACAUCGAUCUACCCUUCUCCUAUAGCUAUAAACCAAAAUCAAAUUUUCUAAUUUUCUUAAACACACCCACCAAGGUAAAAAAAAUAAAAAAAAAUCAAGGACUAGUCACGGGUUUAUAAAGGGUAGCAGCAAAAAUUUACUGCUAAUAUUCAGAUUAAGUAAACAAUAAAGUGGGAAAAGGUGGGCUCUCAGUCGGUUCAGUACUGUGCCUGUCCCUCUUUCCCUCUCUUUCUUUCUCUGUACUGUUUCUUUUAUAGCGAGAAGAGAAAAGAUUCAGUCUUUCAUACAGAUCUCACUUCAUAGUUCACAUGCUCUCACUUUACUUACUCCACUACCCUCUUCUACUAGCUCAGACCCUUCCAUUUUCAAGCUCCAGCUUCAACUUUACACAUUGCAGCAGCUCCCAGCAUUGGUGAGUGAUUGAGGUACAAAGCUUGUGACUUUUUUUGGUUCUUUUGUUAAGGAGAGUACUCUUUGCUGAUAAUGAUGCAGUCCAAGUGUUUGUUGGUUUGCCUCUGUGAAGGUGGUGUGGGUUGUUGUUGGCAGAGGAGAGUACGGGGAAAUGGAAUGGAAUAGUUAGCUAGCUUUGUUAACUCUGGCAAGCAAACCAGAGUUGAAGAAAUGGCAUUAAGUUUAGGUUUGACUAAGUGAGAAAACUUGGGGGGUUUCUCUUUUCCAUUAUUGAUCUUGGGUUUGAAUUGUUCUGGCCAUUCUGUAGCUGUUCUGUUCCCCGGAAGUAGAUCCGUUAGCAUGUAUAUGUAGAUGUGGGUUUUGAUCAUUCGUGUUUGGUUGCUGUGAAAGUUUUGGAUAAAGACAAAUUGUAAAGGAGAACACUUUCUUUUUCCUAUCCUUUGUAGUAAAAGUUUGGAUCUUUGGCCAUAAAAAGAGGGGAAAGGUAAAGUUCGAAUCACUGGCAACAUUUCUUGACAGCCUAGUGGCACCGCCACUUUGAAUAGUGGCCAGAUUGGGUUUACCUGUACUGUAGUGUAAGUUUAAGUAUCUAUCUUCGCACAACGAGAUGGUUUACAGAUGAGCUCGAGCUUCCAUCAUUAAUGCAGAGAAGAUUACUUGUUGAUCAUGCACUGAGAGCCAUUAAAUACAUGCCUGCGUUAUUAUGCGUUUGUGUCUGUCAUUGUAAAGAAAUGUCAUUUUCUUCAUUUAAUCUCUUGCCUUAUUUCUCAGCUACCAGGAAUCAUGCUAAUAUCAUGACUUCUUCUUUGGUUCAGGUUAACUUGAGCUUUCUGGCAUCACCCUUCUCUUCUAUUCCGUCAACCAAGUUUAGCAGCUUCUGAUUCUUUAGCCGAGUCUUAGAUCAGAAGAAGGCAAAAUGAUGCAGAAGCCACCACAGAAUGUGGACUUUGCACUCAAAGAGACCUCCCCUAAAAUUGGGGCAGGAGCCAUAGCAAGCGACAAGCUAGCUUCAACAUAUGACCUCGUCGAGCAAAUGCAGUACCUCUAUGUCCGAGUGGUGAAAGCCCGAGACUUGCCUUCCAAAGAUGUCACUGGGGGCUGCGAUCCUUAUGUUGAGGUCAAGCUUGGAAACUACAAAGGAAUCACAAGACACUUCGAGAAGAAGUCAAACCCUGAAUGGAACCAAGUCUUUGCUUUCUCAAAGGACAGAAUCCAAGCAUCGGUUCUCGAAGUCACGGUGAAGGAUAAAGAUGUUGUUGUAGAUGACUUGAUUGGCAGAAUGAUGUUCGAUCUCAACGACAUCCCGAAGAGGGUCCCACCAGACAGUCCAUUGGCCCCACAAUGGUAUAGGCUCGAGGAUCGGCACGGGAAUAAAGUGAAGAAUGGUGAGCUAAUGCUUGCUGUCUGGAUGGGUACUCAAGCUGAUGAAGCAUUCUCCGAUGCUUGGCAUUCCGAUGCAGCAACUGUGGGCCCAGAUGGUGUAGCAAACAUCAGGUCCAAGGUAUAUCUCUCACCCAAGCUAUGGUAUGUGAGAGUGAAUGUGAUUGAAGCUCAAGACUUGAUACCUAACGAUAAGACCAGGUUCCCUGAACCUUAUGUGAAAGUCCAAUUAGGAAACCAGCUGAUGAGAACUAGAAUAUGCCCAAGCAAGACGAUUAACCCGAUGUGGAAUGAGGAUCUAGUGUUUGUGGUAGCCGAGCCCUUCGAGGAGCCCAUGAUUUUGUCUUUAGAAGAUAGAAUAGGUCCCAACAAAGAUGAUAACUUGGGGAGAUGUGUCAUUCCGUUGCAGCUAGUUCAAAGAAGGCUUGACCACAAGCCGGUGAACACAAGAUGGUUCAACCUCGAGAAGCACGUGAUUGUGGACGGUGAGAAGAAAGAGACCAAAUUUGCUAGCAGGAUUCAUUUGAGGGUCUGUUUGGAAGGAGGGUACCAUGUUUUGGAUGAAUCAACACAUUACAGUAGUGAUCUUCGACCAACUGCUAAGCAGCUGUGGAAAACCAAUAUCGGGAUCCUGGAAGUUGGAGUCCUGAGUGCAGUUGGAUUAUCACCCAUGAAGUCGAAAGAUGGGCGAGGGACGACUGAUGCUUACUGUGUGGCAAAAUACGGGCAGAAAUGGGUGAGAACAAGGACUAUUGUCGACUGCUUUACACCGAAAUGGAACGAGCAGUACACGUGGGAGGUCUUUGAUCCAUGCACCGUGAUCACCGUAGGCGUCUUUGACAAUGGACAUGUGAAUGGGGGGUCUGGAAGAGACGCAAGGAUUGGGAAAGUGAGGAUUCGACUCUCCACACUCGAGACCGAUCGAGUCUACACGCAUGCUUACCCUCUAUUAGUCCUACAUCCUUCAGGAGUGAAGAAAAUGGGUGAGCUUCAACUAGCUGUGAGGUUCACCUGCUCAUCAUUGAUCAACAUGCUUCACCUGUACUCACACCCUUUGCUCCCCAAGAUGCACUACAUCCACCCAUUAUCGGUUAUGCAGCUCGACAUCUUGAGGCACCAAGCUAUACAGAUCGUAUCGAUGAGGUUAAGUCGAGCUGAACCACCACUGAGAAAGGAAAUAGUUGAGUACAUGCUUGAUGUCGAUUCGCACAUGUGGAGCAUGAGAAGGAGCAAAGCUAACUUCUUUAGGAUCAUGAAUGUCUUGGGUGGGUUGAUUGCAGUGGGGAGAUGGUUUGACCAGAUAUGCAUCUGGAAGAACCCUUUAACCACAGUUUUAAUCCACAUCCUCUUCAUCAUUUUAGUUCUCUACCCUGAGCUGAUCUUGCCUACCAUCUUCCUUUAUCUCUUUCUGAUUGGGAUAUGGAACUAUCGGUGGAGGCCGAGGCACCCACCUCACAUGGACACCAGACUCUCACACGCCGAUGCUUGCCACCCUGACGAGCUGGACGAGGAGUUCGACACAUUCCCCACGAGCAGGCCGUCUGAUAUCGUGAGGAUGAGGUACGAUCGCCUGAGGAGCAUUGCAGGGAAAGUUCAGACCGUGGUGGGCGACCUGGCUACUCAGGGGGAGAGGUUUCAGUCGCUGUUGAGCUGGAGGGAUCCAAGAGCCACAACUUUGUUCGUGACAUUCUGUUUGAUUGCUGCGGUUGUGCUGUACGUGACCCCGUUCCAGGUCGUGGGGCUUCUGAUCGGGAUCUAUGUGCUGAGGCAUCCCAGGUUUCGGCACAAGCUGCCUUCUGUUCCUCUCAACUUCUUCAGGAGGCUGCCUGCAAGGUCUGAUAGCAUGCUUUGAUGACCGUACAUUCCAUUCCGCAUUUCUGGGAUCAUAAUGUGACAGCUGAACUGCCUUAGUUGUAGGUUUUUUUUUUUUUUUUUUUGUCUCUGGACAUUGUGAUCUCUUCUUCUUCUUGCUGUCUGAGAAAUUCAGGUUGUUUUAUUUGUAAUCUAUAGCUAGUUAUGACAUUGGUUGAUCAAUUUGCAGGUUUCAGCUUUCAAUAUGCAGUAAAUUCUAGUUCUGCACAUUGUCAUUCUGCUUGAUAGUUCAGGCAUGCUCCCCAAAGAUAUGAUGAACCUAUACGAACCGGUUUUUCGACAUAAAACUAUCUUUUCGAUUCGGUCAUUAUACGAGUCACUUCUAGUUAACAACGAGAUGCUCAACACAAACAUGUUACAACUUACUAUAACACUGGAAAGAGGCCCAUUACGAAUCUUGGCCGCCAGUUCACAUAACAACAUCAUCCUCAUCUUCAUGCCAGAAUGCAGAAACAGAAAAUGGAAAAACUUCCAGAUUCCUAAUUGGGAAAACAACAUGCCAGAUUGGGACCUGUACAGGCUGUAGCCGCAUGCCUGCAUGGAUGCCAUAUGGCCGGUUGAUUCUCCGCUGCAUUGGAAGUAUUUCGGACGGCAUUAUUCUGUUUGCAUUCUUCUUAUCUGCUUCAUCCCAAGUUUCAGAAGCAUAAUCCCAAGCCAGCCCUUCAAUUGGUGGUAUUCUCUUUUUAUCCCAAUCAAUAGUGUCCACAUUAGUACUCCCGUUACAAAAGGAGGCACAACUACAUGUUUGGAAUUCAUCAAAUCCCGAUUUGGGUCGGUGUAAAAAAUGAGUAAAUUUAAUAAAAUAAUAAGAUAAUAAAUUUUGAGAACCAAUCUACAUAAAUACAUGUAUUUUCAAUUCUAUAAAUUAAUAAUUGUAAAAAUAUCAUUCAUAAAAAAAUUAACAAUAUAACUAGGAUAAUCGAGAAAAAUAUGGAAUCUAUAAUUGUUUGUUUCUUCCGGAAGGUCAAGUCUCCAUUUUGAAUUUUCAUCAUUGCACUGAACAUCGCUAGUGUUGUUUUCUCUAAUUGCAACAGCCAACGAAUAUUUUUGAAACAAGUAACUGCAAUAAUUGUGUAUAAUUUGGAUGAUUAAGAUAAUAUAAUGAAUCUUAAAAUUUAAGUUUAUCAAAAUAUAAAAAAUUAUAUUUGUACUAAAAUAAAAUUAAUACACCACGUUUGAAUCUAAUUUUAAAGUUAUAAAGUUAUUUAUUUUAACAAUAUACAUUAUAAAAAACCUCAUUGAAUAAAUAAAAUAUUAAAAUAUUUAUUUAUUAAUAAAUACGAUAGUUUAAUAAUUUUCACGGUCCCGACUAUAUUAAUUUAUAGAGAUUUUAUUGCAUUUGCGUGUAAAAUGAUUGGUGCGAAAACUGUGUAGUGAAAUUGGUAAUGAAUGAAUUCAGAUAAUAGGUGGAUCCUAAAUCAGUAUUUUGUGCAGUAUAUCUCAUUAAGAGCAUGUUAUGAUGCAUACUAUUUAGAUCACUAGUCGAUUUGAAUCUCACAUAUUUUUACUUCGUCGUUUCUCUCUUUUAGUAGUAGUGUAGAUUAAUAUUAACAAAAAAUGGUAAUAGUGCAAUUUCAAUUGUCGUAACAAAGUACAGUAAUUUCGAAUGAUUAUAUAAACUUUUGUGAGAUUUCUCCUCUCAUCACCUGCAAAGAAGCAAUUGCAUUAUUGCAAAAAGGGUGGCUGACUGUUUCCUCAUAUUCAUAAUUGAAUUUCUACCAAUUGAGUUGCUAUCCCUACAUAAUUUUUAUAAUUCAUAAAUAUACAAUUGGAUUAAGAAAACAAUAAACUAUGUAUUAUAUAUGUGGAGUAUAAUACAUAGUUGCCUUUUGGGGAGCAAAAUUUAGUAUUAAUGUAUAUGUUCUUGUUUCUUACUUAUAGGCAUUUGUCAUUGUUGCCUUUUGGUAACAACAGAAUCUGAACAGUGAGCAGUUAACAUCAAUCGAGAUGUUCAACGUAUGCUUUUCAUUUCGUAGUAAAUUAGAUAAAUGUUUUGUUGUUUGUUGCGACUUUUAACCCAAUUUAAUUAGGGUUUAGUAGUUAUAUAUUGGAUUCCCCUUUCGGUUAUAUCAAUCAACGAAUGACGUGCAAUUCUUGUUAAUUCUUAUGUUUCUAUAGCUUAAGAAGAGUUGUCCUUUUUUUAAUGCUCUCUUAUAGUUUCUAAGUUAUACAUAUUAGGAUAAUAUAAUACUAAUGAUUGGAAUUUACAGUGAAAUGGAUCGAUUAUGACUGCAAUUAGGGUUUAGUAGCAAGUCAUUUUCCGAUGAGAUGUGAUUUCCAUUCUUAAUUAUGUUGCCUUCCCACCGUGAAAACGAUAUCUAGAGUUUGUAUCAAUAGGAUUUUGGAGUAUGGUAUUAUACUCUAAUUCGUAAUGAGUAAACUUUAGGUUCUCCAUAUUCUACAACCUUGAACCCGAUCCAGAAUGGCACAAUCUAGUAUGUAGGACCUAAUUAAUUAGGUUUUACUCAUUAUUUAUGAUAUAGUAACAUAUGCCCUAAACUUCGGUUAUUAGUUCAUGAUGUAGAUAGGGUUUCCCACAUAGAGGAAAAUAUUUGCCGGAAAUUAAAUCACUGAAUUUUGCAUGGGAACUCAACUUUUACAUGCACUUACGUGAAGCCGUGUCUCCAAUAUAUCAAGCUUUUCCUUCAAUCCUCUUCUUAUCUUUAGUUACAUUAAGUAAUUACGUACCUGACUUUGAGACCAAUGUUAUAACAAGAGUAAUAAUACUUAAAAUGGACAUAUGAAGAAUGGAUAUAUAUAAUUAAUUACUUCAAGUGCUGGUUUUCAACUUGAAGAUUCUAAAUUCAAAUCCUGUAACAAUAAAAAUUAACCAAUAUCAUCAUGUAAAAAUAACAAAAUCCAUCGUUCAAGUUCAAGUUUCAACCCACUAUCUCUUUCCCCCUCACAAGACUAAUCAGUUUUUUACUAAAUGGAGCAUUUUUAU